UGUUUCAUUUUACGUCAAUGUUGGAGUGCCACCACCCAUCAGCACAGGAAAUAGUAAAUAUUUCACAGCACGACACAACACUGAAGGCAAGAUUAAAUGCAUGAUAAGAUGGUCUAAUCCAAGACCCAAUAUAACUUGGUAUCAACAAAUCGUUAUCAACAGUAGUGAACCUGUUUCGAAUAACUGGACCCUUUCACUGUAUAAGUCGUCGUUUAAAAAAGGAAAAAACAAAGGACAAUAUAAAAGUAUUUUGAAGAUACCGUGGUCUGAGGAUGAAGGCUCAAUGUUGUUCAGAUGUGUUGCUCAAAACAUUCAUGGAAAUGACAGUAGAAUGUUUAUGUUUAUCCGAUAUGGAGAUAACUUUGAUCUUUUUAAAGUUUUUCCUUCUGGGGAAGUAAUUUUAAAUGAAAACGAGGACUUUAUGGCAAUUUGCAGAGUAGAUGUUUUGAUUCGUGAUAAUAUUGCGUUUUACAAAGAAAAUCCUCGUCGUGAAGUGAUAAAUAAUGAAAGAACAGACGUCACCAUAAGUAGAAAUCCUCAAUAUCGUAACGUUACAAUGAAAAUAAGAAAUAUCAACAUCAAUGAUUCUGGAACUUACAGAUGUAGUGAAAAAAAUGCUCUCAGUAAUGAAUAUGUUGCUGUAACGUUGAAUGUACGAGAAUUUCAUCCUCCUAUCAUUUAUGGCAUGAAAGAUUCCACAAUGGAUCUGUUUAAAGAUGACAACAUCGAGUUGAUUUGUAAUGUGUCAGGUAAUCCUCAGCCCAAGGUUAUAUGGUCAAGAAACGGUGAAGAAAUUAAUGGUGAAACAAUAACAAAUUGCAACAGUCAAGUUCCUAACUAUUACUUCAAGAAUGAUGGAACAACUCUUAUUAUUUGUGGCGUUGAUAUUUCACAAUCGGGAAAUUACACAUGCUUUGCAGAAAAUCAGUUAGGAAACGUCACAGCAACUGUUUAUCUUAAUGUUACUGGUAAUUAGACUUUGCA